UCACUGUACAAACCGAAUAUUAAUGAUGCCGAACGACAAGGAUGACCAGAACGCGUGUGAUGAUCUUUCCGAUGAAUGGUGGGCUUCAAAAGCGGCUAGAGAGUUGAACGAAACUCCAGAAACAAGGGAGAUGAAAAUCACCGAGCUCAGGGAUUUGAUUGAAAGAAAGGGCGGCCUCGUGAAAUGCAAGGAUGACGAAUCUCUGCUUCGAUUUCUGCGGGCCAAGAAGUUCAAUGUACUAAAAGCUUUUAAUAUGAUGGAGCGUUACGAAGUGAUGACCAAAGCCCACCCCGACCUUUUCGACAUGUCCAAAGCCGUAAAAAAACUCAUGAUUUUGGACUGCCAAGGACAAAAUGUGUUAAAUGGAAGAGACAGGAGUGGAGCUGUAGUUUUCCUUUAUCGAGUCGGACAGUAUAACAUCGCACAAAAUCCCAAAGAUGGCCAGGUGAGUGUCGACGACAUAUUCAGGACCAACAUGCUCGGCUUGGAAUGGUGCCUUUUGGAGCAUAAAAACCAGAUUUCUGGUGCGACCGCAUUAGUUGAUAUGACAGGUUUCAAACUGGCGAGCCACGCCUCUCUCCUGUCACCGUUUUAUUCCAAGAGGACUGUUCAGGUCAUACAGGACGCCUUUCCACUCAGGUUCAAAGGCAUCCAUAUCGUGAACCAGCCUCUUUACUUUGACGCUUUAUUCGCCGUGGUCAAGCCGUUCCUCAAGGAUAAAAUCAAACAGAGGGUCUUCCUUCACGGAACCAAUUUCAAAUCGCUACACCGCUUCAUUAGCAGUGAUGUUCUACCUGUCGAGUACGGAGGCAAGUGCUCACCAUCGGAUAACACUUCCUGGAAAAAGCGACUCAUUGAUGAUCUGCCUAAAAUUAUGUAUUACCAUAAAUAACGGCACGUACAAUAUUUCUCUCCUUAUAAAUCAAUAGUUAUGUACUUUUAUGAAAGGAUUUUUUUUUUAUGUCACCUCAAUUACUGUUUAACUCUCCACAAAUUUAAUCCCUUGCAUGUUUUACG